AGCCAAUUAUACGAAUUCCGUAACGCAAUCACCUUCAAAUUUGGGGAAAUUUCUAUCCUCAGAAACCCUAAUUUAGAAAACCAGGAGAUUGAAGACAUGGUUGGCCACGUUUCAAUGGAAAUGGCGAAGACGGUGAUUGAGGUAGCUGACGUGGCGUGGACCGCCGUCGAGAGCUGCCACCACCACCGCCACCACGACGCUCCGAAGCCAUCGCCGCCAGAAUCCAAAGAAGGAGCUGAUUUGGAUAUCGAAUGCACACGAGCGGAAAACGAACGCCUUCGUCUAUUGCUCGAGAAAAAUCUCAAUCUUCUACAGGAGAUAUCGAGUUCACCUACUUUGAUGCAUAAUUGCCCCUCCGAUCUCAAUGAUCGGAUUUUGAGUGCUGUUAAGUCAGAGAGCUUCUUAAAUGAGCUUGAUUUGCUCCGUCAAAACUCAACUUGCACAUUUCCUUUCGAUGAGCCAUCAGGCGCGGAUUUGGAGAAAGCUGAAGUAUUGAUAAAAAUGGAUCACGAUGAGCCAAGCUGGUGGCUGUGGGUCUCCGAUGAUAUGGUCCAUAAAAACACUGAAGAGAAGAGUGGAAUCGACAAUGAAAAUUAUGUAAUUGUAACUGAGGAGCAUGUGGUGGAUGGAAUUGCUACCUUUUUGGCUAGAUGCAUAUUGGCGAAUCCAAAAUCUGUGAAUUUGACUCCUUCGGAGCUACAGAAAGCCAUGAUGAAAGCGCUGAAAGGCAUGAAUAAAUUCGAGAAAAUGCUAGACAUUUGGCACGCAGGGAUGUUAUUUUACACCCUAGCCAUGUGGGGUCUUACACUAGCGAGUUUAUACCAAGGUCGUGCUAUUCUGAGACUCGCUGCACUUGGGGUUCACCACUCGAGCAAAGCAGCUCUGAAGAUCCUGUAAGAAUUGGACGUAUGGCGAUUGUAAUGACUUUACUUUCUUCAAAUGUGUACAUGUGUAAAAAAUGGUUGCAAGAAUUGGAUUGCUCUUGUAGUCGUGUAUGUUCCUAUUA